AUGAAAUAUUGCGCGAGGUUAGUUGCUAGUUUGAAAACUGAAGUGGAGGAAGGAGAGGGGGAAGCGUUAGAAGGAGAACAGCUCGUAGGACCGCAGUCGAUGUUGAACAGCAAGUUGAAUGAUACAAAUUAUUGUGGUGGUGGUGGUGGUGGUGGUGGUGGUUGUGAUAAUGGUGAUAUUUUGUGGAUGUAG